AUGGCUGAUGAGCCUGGUUGCAGUCCGUACAGCACGGUGAUAGAAGGCGAAUCUUUACACCUUGUCCCAGCGCCAGUAGGGAAAAAGCGCAUCCCGGUACGUCGCCAUCACGCCAAUCGAAGACCGCAAAAGACUGGACAAACCCUAACGAUCGCCUGCCGACAAUCAAAGGUCUGUGCCCAAAGCCCCCAGAGACUGGCUGUUUUAAGACAUUUAGCUGAUUGUGCCAAGGUGAAAUGCGACGGAGAGAGACCGUGUACAAGAUGCCAGAAGUUGGAAAAGCAAUGCGUCUUCUUUGAAAUACCAAAGGACCCCGUCUCAGAGCGAAUAGAGGGUGUUGAAUAUGAAGUUCAAUAUCUUCGAAAGCAGCUUGAUGAUAUGCGCGAGCUUCUUCAACAAAGUCGUGCGCAGUCCACUCCCAAAUCCUCUCAACUGGCACACUCCCCAAGUCACCUUCGUGGUCGGCAACCCCUGUGCCAUGAGAGCGCUUGCGGCUCCUCGGUAUCCCAGUACCCGCAUACGCAGGAUUGUCCGCAGGAAUACGGAGAUGUUUCCGCUACAGAUCCGGGCUACACAGAUGGUCAUCGGUUCCAAAGAUCUAUGCCAGCGUCGAUGCCAACUGUCUCACCAAAUGAACUUGCAACUCAAUCAGUCUAUGCAUCAAAUCUUAUUGUCACACGACCACCCAAAAGAAAGCGAUCAGGCUUCGAGAUUCGGGAUGAGCCUAUCGCCGACUUUAUUGACAAAGGGCUCAUCACAUUUGAAUGUGCUCUGUCAUACUUUAACACAUACAUGCCGAUCUUCGACCCUCAAUACGACACUUUCGGGUCCAUCAGAUCACGAAGUAGCAUACUUCUGAACGCAAUAUGUACCAUUGGCUGCAUGGUCGAGACAAGAUCCGGGGGCCCAAUGUCCGACCUUCUCCACGUGGAACUCAAAAAAUGGAUUAAUGUUAUCAUUCAAAACAGGGAGCUUAACUGUUUGGAGUCAGUACAAGCAAUGCUAAUUGUUGCUUGUUAUUCCAAAGAACGCUCUUUGAUUCUAUCCUUUGCUACUCGCAUGGCUCUAGAUCUGGGGCUGCACGAGGCCUUCGAUGAGCUCACCCAAAGAUUGGCUCUCCGAAAUGAAGAUAUAGCAUAUGCUUUGCCUCAUCAGAUGUUAGAAGAGGAGAGAGCUCUUAUGUGGAAAUCUCGGACCUGGUUUGGUCUCUUGGUUCUCGAACACAUAUUUCGCGUUGAUGGGGGUAAGCCACCUGGUAUUCGACUUAAAGGGAAUUCUCGGCGUUGCCGGGUCUUGCUUGGACAUCCCUCUUCGACAAUCCUAGAUUUACGGCUGUUUUCUCAAGUGGAGCUGAAUAUUCUCAGAGCAAAUGUCGGAGAUACCCUCGGAGGAUCGAACUCGCUUGAUGGACCAAGCAUCAUGGAUUACGUGCAUGAUAUGAAGAUAGAACUGGACUUAUGGUUCGAUUGUGAUGCUGCAGCAGAAGAAAAGCCAUCUCUACUGGUGGCUCUUCGGGUGCAAAAGUGCUGGGCAGAAAUGAUGCUGAACUGCAAAGCACUGCGAUCCAUGGGCGUGGAGAACCGAACCAUACUUCUUACCGCAAAAGCCAGCGCCCGUCGACACCUCCGUCUAAUCAUCACCGAUCCAGACUUCUACCUCGCCAAGCUAAAAUAUGCCAUGGACUUCGUCUGGGCUAAGUGUGCCUUUUCGUUCCUUCUACUCCUGAAGUUAUCUCGUCUUCUGCCUGAGCGCGACGAGGAGCAUCAAGAGCUGCUGACAAAUGGCAAUCAACUCGUCGACGAGUUGAGCAAGGCCGGUGCUAGUGGAACACAGUCCGGCGCCGGGAAUAUCUAUCUUCAGAUUCUGAAGGUCAGCAUUGAGAAGUACGGGCGUGCAUUGAUGGAGACACAGCAAUCCAGCUCGGAUGGGCCCACAGCCACGUCGCCGUUCUGGGAAUUGUUCGACGCUCAGGCGGAUCUUCAAUGGUUUGUGCCUGAGCAAUUUGUGUCCGAAUGGGAUUUCCCGGGGUUGAAUCUGUUCUAUUUCCCUACUGCUUGGCAGGAUUUCUUCGGUGACUUUUCGUUGGCUAUGUAG